UUGCUGACCUGUAGCUGUCGUUUUCACACAGCCGUGCAUCUUUGUUCGCUUCUCCCUCCUCGUCGUUCCCUAACUUCCCCACAGCAACGCGGGGAAAGCGACGGCCGCGCGAACCGGACAAGGAGUCAUGAUGACGUCACCGGAAGUAGAGAGCGGAAGCUCCUCCCCAGCGAGGGAACCCCUGCCUCUUCAGAGAGUCGUGUGGGCUCGAUACGAAACGCGACGCUCUCUCCAGUCGGGGCGCGGUGUGGCAAGCGCUGCCGGGUCCUGUGUUUGCUCGAUAUGACCGAGUGAAGUCCUGCUUUAGUUGUCAUUUGUUUUCCCAGUGUCUCCUUAUCGUGUAUGUUUGAGCUUCGUGUUCUUCUGGACAGUGCGGACCCCCGUCCAAUGUUGCCGCUUGUUUGGACGAGGAAUUAGUAGUGCGCUAUCGCCUCGAGCGCGCUUGCCAAGCAUUGAGGACUCUGGCGCGUCGUCUCAAGAUGGGUUAAACUGCUGAUCCUGUUGUUUUCGGGCACUGCGUGUCGGUGUCAUCUUCAGAUUUGGGACGUCCUUGUGCCUCACAGUUGCCUGAGAGCAUUUGGCGAGGCAGGCAUCGCCGCUUCGUCGCUCUUACACAUGACGGAUAUGCACGCAAGAUGUGGCUGCGGUACAAUACAUUUCACGACACUCAUUAAGUGCGACUUCUUCACUCGAGCAAUCGAGAUGCGAGUUGGCGCCCUCUCCUUUCUACUCCUGAUCUCCGCACUUGUUGGACGGGUGACGCCUGUUGACAGCGACGAACCAGCAGAGAAAGUGGUGAAUCCUGGCGAAAGCCUGAGUAUUCCAUGCUUUCUCGAGACACCCGGAGGGAGCGUGCAGUGGAUGCGCAACGGCCACCCCGUUGUACUGGAUGUAGGCGCUUCGGGCGGCAGACGGCAGUGGAACAUCUCGCGCGACGGGACGGCUGCGCUCACCAUUAGCGCAGUGACCAGGGCAGACGACGGCCUGUGGGAGUGCCGGGAGUUCGGCGAUGAUGACUCUGUGCGCCGCGUUACCAAAGUUCUCAAGCUGGUUGUUACCGGAGCUCCAGAAGAUCCCUUCCUCACUGUUGGUGGAGAACGCUUGCAAGGAGGAUCGCGAAUCACCGUCCAGGAGCGGGAAGAAGUGGAAAUCGGCUGCGUUGCACGGCGCGCGGUGCCUGCCGUCCGACAUAUCCACUGGCUGUUGGGCGAGGCAAACAUGACAGCAGCGAGCCACCUCUUCGUGGAGUUUUCCCCGCAGGAGGAUUCCUACACCACCAAAAGCGUCCUUACGCUCAACGCUUCCCGAGACCUGCACGGCGUGGAGCUUGCGUGCCACGUUUAUCACGUCUCCUGGCCCUCGUCCGUGGUUGUCAGCGCCUCCCUAGACGUCCUCUAUGUUCCCUCAUUCGCGAUAAGCCGGGAGCCUGGUUUCGGAUUUCCAAUCCUGGAGAAGAUGGCCGUGUCACUCCACUGUGCCGUCGACGCCAACCCUCCCUGUCGCCCGCAGUGGCUGAAAGAUGACGCCCCGCCGCCUGUGGCCCAGACUCCGGACGGGUUCCUCAACUUCACCGCUAUUGAACGCCAACAUGCCGGCUGGUAUCGGUGCGCUGCCGUCCACCAGCUGGGGACGUUCGCCUCGUUCGGCUAUUUUCUCAACGUGCGAUCAGAUGGGCCAGAGAUCGUCGAGCAACCUCCGUCCCAAGUGAAGGCUGAUUUCGGCGAGCAAGUGCAGCUGGACUGCAAAGCCGAGGGUAAGCCUCCUCCGUCCUACUGCUGGACUCGAAUUCGUUCGGGCCGCCUCGAAAGCCUCGCCGCCGAGCGAUCGCUGGUCCUGGAUCCCGUGCUCUACUCGGACGCCGGAAGCUACCAGUGCACUGCAACCAAUCACCUUGGAUGGAAAGAAGAGCGAGCUCGUACAAGAGACAUCUUGCUUACUAUCACUGGACGUCCGGACGUAAAGCCCUUGAACAAAACCUUGAUGGCAAUCGUAGGAAAGCCCGUCACGGUGUCGGUGCUGGUCUGCGCAAACCCUCCUCCCACGCGAGCUUACUGGAUUCUGGGCCGGACGCUCAUCAGCCCGGGUGAUGCCAGCUUCUCUCACUACUUAGCACACAAUUACAGUAGUGCCGACGCUCCAUUUUGCCGGCUGACAUCCUUGGAGAUCCGGUCCGUGCACCCUGAGGAUGCAGGAGAGAUUCUCUUCAUAGCAAAGAACUCCAAAGGGAUUGAUGAUGCGGUCGUCAUCCUGAAUGUUACCCACCAGGCCGGGUUCUCGCUGGCUGAGGAGGGAUCUUCAACAGUGCCGUUGGUCGUAGAGUGGAGGCUACUACUAUUUACAAGUAUAUCGUGGUUAACACUUAACAGACUUCGACAGAGUGGCAGCUGACACUAGUCAACA